GGAAUUUCCGCAAGUCAUGUGAUCUAGCUGCCGAUCACGUGGUACAGGUCAAGCUUUGGGACAAAAUGGCGGCUGUCAACCGUGCCCUUGAGUGAGCCUCGCCAAGUUCAAAGUGCAAUAUCAUCAAUAUGGGGGUAAAACGAUGCGCUUAUGGCACUUGUAAUAGUGACUCACGUUUCUACCAUAAACCACAUAUGGCAGAUGUGUUUUUUAUUACAUUUCCAAAGCCCACAUCAAAGCCCGAGAUGUGUGACCGCUGGAUCAGAGCGUGUUCCCGCGGUGAUGAUUUUGGCCGUCACAAGAUCACCCAAGAUACAUAUGUAUGUUCCAAACACUUUGUUGAUGGACAUGGUCCUACAGGCGAACAUCCUGACCCUAUACCAGCUACCGCUAGAGGUGUGGAACUUAGAAUCUUCAACACGAAGAAGUCAAGACCACCACCUAAAGGCCGUGUGAGCUUGUCGCCAGAGAAGAAAAAAAGUCGUUCACAACUCCAGGUACUCAAUGUGAACAUUGAUAAGGAAAAUGAAAUAACUGAGGGUUCUGAAGAGCAAGAUACAAAUGUUGAUAAAGAAGUUUUGUUUUUUACAAAAAUAUUUUAUUUUGCAGAUGCAAGAAAACAGGUUUCCUGUUCUGAUGCAGCUACUCAGACUGACAUCUUGCAUGAUGAUCUGGCUGGCUACAGUGAUGAUCAGCUCAAACAACCUAAACUUCUACAGAGAAAACUAUUCAUGGAUGAUGUUCUCAGAAGUGACAAAUCAUGCAAAUUCUACACAGGUAUUACAUCCAUCCAGCUUCUGUUGUUCCUGCACAGAUUCCUACAGUCCAAAGCUGAGAGGUUAACACUGUGGAAAGGGGAAGAAACAACAGAGAAUGCCAAAAACAAAGAUGACCAUCACCCCAGGGGACUGUCCACCUUCACAGCUUUCCUCCUAACACUUGUGCGCCUGAGACGUGGCCUUGAUGUCGACCAUUUGAGUGAUCUGUUUGGCAUAUCAUCCUCGACAGUUAGCCGUUACUUCCGGACAUACAUUGAGUUUAUAUCAAGGGAGCUCAGUUUUGUUGUUAAGUGGCCAAUCAGACUGCAGGUUCAAGCUCACCUCCCAAAGGCAUUUAGAUAUUUUAAAAAGACUAUUGCCAUUAUAGAUUGUACAGAAUUUUUUGUACAAAAACCCUCAUUGCCAUCUAGUCAGAGAGUGACCUGGUCACAGUACAAACAUCACAAUACCUUUAAAUGUCUGGUUGCUAUUUCCCCAACAGGUGCAUUUACUUACAUCUCUCCACUGUGGUCUGGUUCAGUGUCAGAUAGGCGCAUUGUUAAAGAAUCAGGUUUCCUUGAUAACUUAAACUAUGGUGAUGACAUAAUGGCUGACAGGUUUUUUUUGAUUAGGGAUCUCUUAGCAUUAAGAGGAUGUACAUUAAACAUACCACCUUUUGCGCAUGGUAAGCAGUUAAGCAAAGCAGCUGUUAAGAAAACCAGGAGAAUAGCCCAUGCUCGAAUACAUGUUGAAAGGGCAAUUGGUCGCCUCAAGAACUUUAAAUUUUUACAAGGUAUUUUUCCACUUAAAUCCAAGAAGCUUAUUAAUCAAAGUGUACAAGUUUGUGCUCAGUUAUGCAAUUUUGACAAACCACUUGUAAAGUAA